GCGGUCAUGGCGUACAGAGAGAAACAUGGCCAACUACCUCCAGUGCGAGAUGCAGCUGCGGCAGACGAGUGUGUCCAGCUUGCAAAGGAGAUGAACUCUGCAAGGACCAGUGAAGGUGAGCCUUCUGUUUUUGUGGAGGAGGUAGAGGCCGAUGUGGUGAAAAACGUGGCCAUGUUUGCCAGGUGUAUGAUCAGCCCAAUGGCCGCCUUCUUGGGCGGUGUGGUCGCGCAGGAGGUGGUCAAGUUCACAGGCAAGUACACGCCAUUGCACCAAUUCCUCUACCUGGAUAUGUUCGAGCUUUGCCCAGCAUCAGAGCCGCCGGACUGGAAGCCUUUAGGCAGCCGCUACGACGACCAGAUUGCCAUCUUCGGGUCCGCCAUUCAGCAGGCGAUCUCGAACAUGAAGCUGUUCUUAGUCGGUGCCGGCGCUUUGGGCUGCGAGUUUCUGAAGAGCUUUGCCAUGAUUGGAGCUUCUUGUGGCAGUGGGAAGGUCCUGGUGACUGACAUGGACAGGAUAGAGGCACUUCGAAACCUCAGGCUUUGCUAA